AUGUUUUGCAACAAACACUAUUUACAACAUCGACAAAUGAUAGAUACACAAUUCGAUCGACUCAUAGAACAACAUGCGCUUUUUCAACAAGAUUUAAAUUCGACACAAUACAAAACUCACUCUCACUUAGUACAAGAAAUCGAUGAAUGGCAACAAAAGAUGUUCGACGAGAUAGAGAAAACAGUUAAGGCAGCGAAACAAAAUUUGACACAAACGUUAAGCAAAGAAGAGGAAGUAAAACGCAACUUUACGCUGAUAACAAAUGAUUUACGUGUGAAACAAUCAACACGUGACUAUGAUGAAAGCGAUGUCGACGAAUGGAAACGACAUUUAGCGCAAUUAGAAGUACAACUGAAGCAACUGCAAACAUCUAACAUCAGCAAAAUUCAGUUGAAUUUAAACACAUCUAACGAUUUCACAAAAAUCAUCGAUCUAGUCAUCAAGAAUACUGAAUAUGUCUCUGUAUCUCCUCAUAGUUCACAUGAACCGCUAUUCUUAGGUGGAAUACUACUGAAUGACAAACAACAUCAGCUAAAACUCAAUGAAUUUUCUAGUCGAGAAAAUCAACACUGGACCUUGAUUUACCAAGGCACACGAGAUGGCUUUGCCGCCCAACAUUUCCAUCGUCACUGCGAUGGAAAAGGCCCAACGGUCACAGUUAUUCAAUCUAACCCAGGCGGUUAUCUGUUUGGGGUGGUAAUACAAAUAUUACCUACUUCGGCCCAUCACGCCACCAGGAAGACUAUAAACGCGCCCUUCCAUAAUAUGCGAACACAGCAACGCACAUACUUCCGUACCUUGGAGUUCACAAGGUGGCUACAAAGAAGACUCACAAGCAUUUCUCUUUACACUCGCCAACCCCCACCAACUUCCAAUCACAAAAUUCAUUAUUGACACCAACCACAAAAAUUACGCGGUAUAUCAUCAUCCGCAACUUGGGCCGACAUUCGGCACCUUCACACAAUUACCACUUCAUCCUUCGACUUCCACUUUCUCUUCAUUACAAUCACUUGCUAUCUCAGCUGUUUCAUAUUGUGACGCGAACGUGGCGUCAUCCUUCAUUGCCUGCUAUAAUCGAAUUUCCGGUUCUUGCUUUUGCUUUUUUUUUUCGGACUUCUUCACUUACAGCGUCAUCCUUCGACUUCCACUUUCUCUUCAUUAUAGUCACUUGCUAUCUCAGCUGUUUCAUAUUGUGACGAGAACGUGGCGUCAUCCUUUCUCGCUCAUGGAA